GAACUAAAUCAUGCAACCGUAUUGCUGACCAGACCAUUUUUUGCCACCAUUAGUUUACCGGCCGUAAGCAUGUCAACUGCCAGUUUUGUCUCUCCUGCCGUCGUUUUGUUUACGCCUUUAAACAAUGUGAAGACCAGCUCUCCCGCCGUCCCCAACCUUCGCUGCCCCUUCCUUUCCAAUCCCCCCGAUUUCCACACCGCUUAGCCUAGUCGCGUCUCGCCUACUCGGCAAAUUCGGCAUCCGCUUAGUACUAGUACUAGUAUAAUCUUCUAGUUAAAAUCUCCGGUUCAAAACCAUGAUGCGAACAAGUGCUCGCUCCGACCACGCCGCACCACGCGUCUCGCGCUCGCACACGUGAAUACAUAUAUUUUCUCGCGCCAAGAAGCCGCGAGCCCUCUAGCCUCUCGCGAACCUCUCGAUCUUCUCGCCGCCAUCGUCGUCGUCGUGGUCGAUGGCUUCCACGGCCGCCAUUGCUGCGCUCGCGUUGGUGUUCUUCGUGUUGCUGUGUGUGAGAGAUGGUGGCGGCGUCGACGCGGCGGACACGCUGUCGCAGGGGCAGUCGCUGGGCGCGAACGACAUGCUGGUGUCGGCGAACGGCACGUUCAAGGUGGGGUUCUUCACGCCGGCGGGUGGCGACCCGGGGAAGGUGUACCUCGGGGUGAUGUACGCGACGUCGAACGUGCAGACGGUGAUGUGGGUGGCGAACCGCGAUGCCCCCGUGAGAACGGCGGCGGGGGCCGCCUCCGCCACCGUGACGGGCUCCGGCGAGCUGCUGGUGAAGGAGGGCGACCGCGUCGCGUGGCGGACGAACGCGUCGGCCGCGGGGCGCUCCAAACACACGCUGACGAUCCGCGACGACGGGAACCUCGUGAUCUCCGGCAGCGACGCCGCCGGCACGGACGUAGAGUGGGAGAGCUUCCACCACCCGACGGACACCUUCGUCCCGGGCAUGGAGAUCGCGCUCCGGCAGACCAACGGCGACCGCACGCUGUACACGUCGUGGAGGAGCGACGCCGACCCGGCCACCGGCGACUUCACGCUGGGGCUGGACGCGUCGGCGCAGCUCUACAUCUGGCGGAGCCAGGGCGGCAAGAACUCAACCUACUGGAGGUCGGGGCAGUGGGCGAGCGGCAACUUCGUCGGCAUCCCGUGGCGGGCGCUCUACGUCUACGGCUUCAAGUUGAACGGCGACCCGCCGCCGAUCGCCGGCGACAUGUCCAUCGCGUUCACCCCCUUCAACUCGUCGCUCUACCGCUUCGUGCUCCGGCCGAACGGCGUCGAGACGUGCUACAUGCUCCUCGGCUCCGGCGACUGGGAGCUCGUCUGGUCGCAGCCGACCAUCCCCUGCCACCGCUACAACUUGUGCGGCGACAACGCCGAGUGCACCGCCGACGACAACGAGCCCAUCUGCACCUGCUUCACAGGUUUUGAGCCAAAAUCUCCGCAAGAGUACAACAACGGCAACUGGACGCAGGGCUGCGUGAGGAGCGUUCCACUGACGUGCAGCAGCGAGAGGAACAACACGACCGCCGGUGGCGCCGGCGCCGGUGGCGGCGACGGGUUCACCGUCAUCCGGGGCGUGAAGCUGCCGGACUUCGCCGUGUGGGGAUCGCUGGUGGGCGACGCGAACUCGUGCGAGAAGGCGUGCCUGGGCAACUGCUCGUGCGGGGCGUACAGCUACAGCACCGGCAGCUGCCUCACCUGGGGGCAGGAGCUGGUGGACAUCUUCCAGUUCCAAACCGGCACCGAGGGAGCGAAAUACGACCUCUACGUCAAGGUCCCAUCUUCUCUAUUAGAUAAAAGCUCGGGGCGAUGGAAAACCGUUGUCGUCGUCGUAGUUGUGGUCGUGGUGGUUGUAUUGCUGGCAUCAGGCCUUCUCAUGUGGAAGUGCAGGAGACGAAUUAAAGAGAAACUUGGCAUUGGUAGGAAAAAGGCACAACUCCCGUUGCUGCGUCCUGCGAGGGAUGCAAAGCAGGAUUUCUCAGGGCCAGCGCAAUCUGAACACGAGAAAUCAGAGGAGGGCAAGAACUGCGAGCUGCCGCUGUUCGCGUUCGAGACCUUAGCGACGGCCACCGACAACUUCAGCAUCUCGAACAAGCUCGGAGAGGGAGGCUUCGGCCAUGUCUACAAGGGAAGGCUCCCUGGAGGAGAAGAGAUCGCGGUGAAGAGGCUGUCCCGGAGCUCCGGGCAGGGGCUGGAGGAGUUCAAGAACGAGGUGAUCCUGAUCGCGAAGCUGCAGCACCGCAAUCUUGUCAGGUUGCUGGGAUGCUGCAUCCAGGGCGAGGAGAAGAUCCUGGUGUACGAAUACAUGCCCAACAAGAGCCUCGACGCCUUCCUCUUCGAUCCGGAGAGAAGAGGGCUCCUGGACUGGAGGACGAGGUUCCAGAUCAUCGAAGGCGUGGCGCGAGGGCUCCUGUACCUCCACCGCGACUCGAGGCUCCGCGUGGUGCACCGCGACCUCAAGGCCAGCAACAUCCUCCUCGACCGCGACAUGAACCCCAAGAUCUCCGACUUCGGCAUGGCCAGGAUCUUCGGCGGCGACCAGAACCAGGUCAACACCAACCGCGUCGUCGGCACACUGGGCUACAUGUCACCGGAGUACGCGAUGGAGGGGCUCUUCUCGGUGAGGUCGGACGUGUACAGCUUCGGCAUCCUCAUCCUGGAGAUCAUCACGGGCCAGAAGAACAGCAGCUUCCACCACAUGGAGGGCUCCCUCAACAUCGUCGGCUACGCGUGGCAGCUGUGGAACGGGGACAGAGGGCAGGAGCUGAUCGACCCGGCGAUCCGGGGGACGUGCCCCGCGAAGGAGGCGCUGCGGUGCGUGCACAUGGCGCUGCUGUGCGUGCAGGACCACGCGCACGACCGCCCGGACAUCCCCUACGUGGUGCUCACGCUCGGCAGCGACUCCUCCGUGCUGCCCACGCCGCGCCCGCCGACGUUCACGCUGCAGUGCACGUCGUCGUCGUCGGGGCGGGACAUGUACUACAGGGACAAGGAGGAGUCCUACUCCGCCAACGACCUCACCGUCACCAUGCUCCAAGGCAGGUAGGAGUGCGUAUACCACUAAGUACGUCUUAAAAUAUAGCAAUUUAGAACUAGAUUGGAUAUAUUCUAGUCCAAUAAAUCUAGAUAACCAUUUUUUUCAGAUUUAUUAAAUUAAGAUAUAUUUUUUAAAUUAUUAUAUUUUGGAACGGAAGGAGCAGUAGGAGGUUGGGUGUACAAAACUGUACAUAGACACGAAGAAACACGCGCUCUUCUCUCGAUCGGGUGGACGAUCGAGCUAGGGAGAUGUACUGUGUGUUCCACAUGUGUUGGGUGAUUUGAUAGCUCUGGGUGUAGAGAUUGGUUUGCUUUUGCUUUGUACAUGGCCCCAAUUUUGUUACUGCCGGUUCCGGUUUUUUUUUUUUUACACUCAGUUCCAGUUCAUUGAUUGGUUGAAGUUUGUGUAAUCCAUCAUCACUGUACAAACAAAACUAUUUAACCAGGACGCGCCGAUUAA